AUGUCCAGGAUGCCCGAUAAUCAUGCAUCGAGCGAGACGGUCCAGAAAACGAAGUGGGAUUGCCCAAAACUUAGCACCUACGGCUUUGCGCAAUGCCUUGGCUGGGUUUUCGUGCUGUUCUUCAAGCAAGCUGCAUAUUACGCGGCUUCUGUCAUGCGAAUGCCCUUUCAUAGGUUCAGAGAUGCCAGCAUCGAGGCGCGCCUCAACGGCCGACCGCGGCGCCAAGCAGAUGUGCAGCGAAGGCCCUCUACGAUGAAACAGACCAUAUCCAUCUGUCCUCCCACCUCUAGUCUUGGGAGCCAAUGCACUCAUCCUCGCUGCGAAGCACCCAUGAAAGACGAGAUGGCACUUUUGAUGGCAUUGCUCAAGUGGACGGCCGAGAACGCCCGAGGUGCUAAAAGAGCGGCUUCACUCUUACAUACCUGCGAAACAGAUUUCAUAGAGUUCGCAGCGGACCACCGCCGUCAUGAAGAGCGUGACCUCUUGCUUCAGUCUCGGGUGAGGAGACGGAGCGAUCUCGGCCAGGUCGACGCGGACUUGGUACCCAGCGCGCUCCCGCUGGGCGUAACCGCAGGUCGGGAAGGCGUGGUUCCUGGCCAGCCUGGAGGCGUCCCUCACGACGGGCAUGCGACUAAUGGCGGUGAUUUACGAGGAUCGAGUGGCCGCCGUCUGAAGCUACGAGCGCGGCGAUAUUUUUCAAGAUACAUUCAAUUUCAUUGCAUUUCCAAAUUCACUUCAAUUUCAUCAUACAAUGUGUUGGACGCCUGCCAGGUUGGCACUCCAACGUUAGUUCGACAAGUUGGGAAAUUUUGGGCGCUCAACGCCACAGCGCUGACCUGCGAGAGUCUUUAUCGGACCAAAUCUCGGGGUAAAUCGCCCCCAAAAUACCGAGAUGUCGCUUCGGAGCCCAAACUGGUUGGUACCGAGAGCUCGCACCCUCCGAUACCGCUGGUCGCUGUCGGAUAG